UUAAAGUAGUAAAAGGCUUAUAGACUGUAAAAAUCACUCGUCAGUUAUGACAGUUUGUUUUAUUUGUCCAAUGGGGAGUUCGACCUUCGGCCCAGGGAAGAAUUUUACCUUUAACACGUGCUUUUCAGCCUUUUGCUGUAAACCAGCAUGGCAGAACAGCAAAGAAGUCGGGUGUUCCAUUUAGCUCAAGUUAAAGAUGGCGAAAGUGAAGAAGAACAGCAAAAUAAUAUGUUCCAGUUAGCUCAGGUGAAAGAAGGUGGUGACGGAGAAGAACUAACAAAUGUCUUAGUGAUCAUCACACAGAAUGGCGUAACCCCUCUUAAUCUGAAUACGACCUCAGGUCAACAAAUCGUAGUUGUCAAUCAAGGUGAUAAAGCCACACCCACUGUUGUGCUUAAUCAAAAUGAUAAAGCGUUGACGCCUAGUAAAGCAAAAGUUGAGCCACAAUUUGAAACUGAUGAUAAUAAUCCCGUAGUUUUUAAGUAUGGGGAUUCCCCUGUUUAUCAAGAUGUUAGUGUCCAAACAACUGAAAUGAAAAAAUACAGCCGUGCUCUAGCAAACAAGAAAUUUAAAUGUCUGAUAUGUGGAAAGGAAUUGGCAAAUUCAUCCAUUCUUAAACGUCACAUAAGAAUACACACAGGUGUGAGACCAUAUGAAUGUUCGUUAUGCCAUAAGAGGUUCACACAGAGCAAUGAUUUGACAGCUCACAUGAGAUCUCACACAGGGUCAAGGCCAUUCAAAUGUGAGGUGUGUGGUAAGGGGUUCACACAACGACAAAAUGUCAAAAAGCACAUGCUAACACAUACUGGAGAAAAGAAUUAUGAAUGUGAACAUUGUGGGAAAAGAUUUGGGAGAAAACAUCAUAUGGAAGAGCAUUCCCGUAUACAUACAGAAUCAAAUAUACGAUGUGAGAUAUGUCAGAAAGGUUUUACCGCUAACGGACAUCUUAAAAGACAUAUGAGAAAAUAUCAUUUCGAAGGAGAUGAAAACCUUAAAGAUGACAUCAUGAAAAUUGUACAGCAUGAACAAGCAGAACAGGACAUCGAAAACGAAAUUCCUGUCGUUAACUUUGUAUCUACUCAAGAUGAUUCCGUAGAGACGGCAACCAUUGAAAUCGCUAGCAUUGAACCAGAGCCAGUCCCUCAGAUUCUAACCAUUGGUCAGUUAGGGUUGGACAAACCUAUAGACGAUGUCCCAGAAAUUUUAUAUAGGUGUGAUUUAUGUGAGAAACAGUUUAAAGAUUUGUCCUUUCUGGAACGUCAUCUACGUCUGCAUCUCGAUGGAAAACUACAUAACUGUAACAUAUGUCAUAAAGUAUUUAAUUAUAAAGGCUUAUUGAAGAGACACAUGGUGGUCCACACUAAAGAGAAACCUUGGGAGUGUAACCAGUGUAAUAAAAAGUUUACACAAAGUAACGAUCUUAAGAUACACAUGAGGCUCCACACGGGUAUUAAACCAUUUAAAUGUGAGUUCUGUCACAUGGGAUUUAACCAGAAACAACAACUGAAGAAUCAUCGACGUAAGCAUACCGGAGAAAGACCUUAUGGAUGUGAAAAAUGUGACAAACGAUUCAGUCGAAGGGAUCAUGCUAAGGCUCAUGUGAAAACACAUAAUAACGAUCAUCUUCGAUGUCAAAUUUGUGCAUUUACAGCUAGGAAUGUUUUAAGUUUGCAGAAACAUCUUUUGAAGCAUGAUGGUGUCGAAAAACUCCUGAAACCCAAAGACGAUUCAAAUAUAGUUCGUCUGAGAUGUAGGUUUUGUACGAAAACUUACAGGGACCCUUUCAGGCUUCAGAAGCAUGAAAAACAACAUGAGAAUUCACGGCUAUACAAUUGUAACAUUUGUAAGCAGACCUAUUUUAGAAUCGAUACUUUUGAAAAACAUUGUAAAAUUCAUGAGAAAGAUGGUCUGAAAGCCAUGGCAGUACGGAAUGAAACUGUAAAGGAAGAUACAGAAGAAUAUGUGGGUACCAUGAUCAAAAUUGAAGUUGACGAUACUGAAGAGGACUAUGAAGACGAGAAUAAUAUUUCUAAUUCUAAUGAAAUGGAGAAAGAAACUGUCCCCUUUACUACAGUUGAAAUGACACCAGAUAAUACGUCAACAGACAGUUCGAAAGAUUUCGAAAAACAGUCCGUAUUAGAAGUUGGUGUGGUCGAUGCAGACGGGGAAAUUGAGAAAGACCAGAACACGGCAGAAGACGAUGAAGUUGCAGCCACUCAGAAAAACACUCUCUAUUGUUGUAGCCAUUGCGGGAAAAUGUUACCGUGGAAUGCCGACCUAGUUAAACACAUGGAAACACAUCUUCCCGACAAACCUGGUGAACGACCAACAGAUGUCACUAAGACUGGAAUCGUACAAACUACUAAUGAUGGGCGAUAUUUAUGUAGCAUCUGUGGACGACAUUUCACCAACCUUAUAGCAUUACAGAGUCAUAUUAAAAACAUACAUAACAUGGAUAUAUCUGAUUAUGAACUAAAUUAUAAGGAGAGUGAAGGUGUUGUCAUGACUGCAGAGGAAAUAAGAGACAUUGAGAAACAGAUUCAAGAAAACUUGAGAUUUACCGGCUGUUACAGUGUACUAAAGAAUGCAUCCAAACGACAUACAAAGAGUGUUAAAGGGGACGACAAAGAAAAGCCUAUCUACCAAUGUGAAAUCUGUGCUAAGGUGGUGAAGAGGAAAGAAAACUUAGAAAGGCAUCGAAAACUUCACAAAAUCAUACAUAAAUGUGACAUCUGUAACAAGGUCUUCAAACAGAGAAACCAUCUUGAGACCCACAGACUCAUUAAACAUGAUACUAAAGGUGGCGAACCCAUCACCCCUACAAUACAUGAAUGUGAUGAACCUGGAUGUAAGAAAUAUUUCAAUAAACGCUUCAAUCUUCUACGACAUCAGCUUAUCCAUCGUAAGAAAACAGAGGGAGAAAGUCAGGAUGAAUCAAUGGAAGAUGACGAUAUGUUGAUGGUCUAUGAAUGCCGAAAAUGUUAUGAAGCUUUCAUGUCGCUUGAUGAGUUAGAAUUACAUGUUAAUGAAAAUCACUCAGAUGACACAGAACAUAAUGGCAGCCAUGAUGAUUCAGCAGAAGUGUCAAAGAUAAUUGAAAAUGAGGCUAAUAUUUCCACAGGAGAUGCAGUGCCGAAUGAAGAAGAAGUUGUGCCUGUUGAGAUAGAUAUAAGUACUUUGGAGACUGUUUCGCCUGAGGCCCGUUUAGAAGGAAACAAUCAGUCAGAAGCCGAAGUCAAUGCACCAUCAUUAGUUGAAGAAGUUUCACAAAAUUUCCAUAUUGGAGGCAGUGCAGGUCAAGAAGUCAUUGAAUUAUCCAGUGGAAACAUUCCAUUUGUUAUGAACGACAGCCAAGGUCAAGAGGUCAUUAUACAAAUUCCGCAGGAUAUGAACUCUGGCGAGGAGAAUGUUUAUCAAUGUCAGAUAGUUAAAUCUAGUGAAGACAGGAGUUCUGAAGGGGUACCAGUUUAUAUCACACAACACAUGGUUACAACAGAUCCCUCAGACACGACAGGUACAAUCACCAUGACAACAGAUCCCUCAGACACGACAGGUACAAUCACCAUGACAACAAUUUCCUCGGAGACGAACACUUCAGAUUCAAUAACAAUAGAUUCAUUGCACGACACAACAGACAAUGAUAACAAUGCAGCUAUCGCCAUGGUUGCAUUGUCUACAGACAGUAGUCAGUACAUUGACGAGGAUCAUUCUUAUAUAUAGUCAUUAUAGUGCUCAAUUUAUAUUUAGUUUUCUUAGGCCAAAUACAAAUAUAUGUGUGGUUCCAGUGACCCUACCUUCCCCACUUUUUCAUCUUGAAAUUAGCCUACCCUAAAGAUUUUAUUGUCAUUUUUUCAUUAAGCACUGUUAACAUGGUUAAAGUCAGAAUGAUGCUCCCAUAGACUCAAUGUAAAAAAAAACAUAAAAUAUAAAAAAAAAUCCCUACCUUCUUUGUGUACCAACCCUAACUUUUUUCAGAUGUAACUGGAACCACACAUAUACUAUUUUAUUUGGCCUUAAAACCAUAUGUAAAGUGCAGAUAGAUUAAUUUUUUUCGCAGCGUACUCAUUGAGAAUGUUAACGUUAUUUAUAAUUAGAUUUAAAUCCAAUUUUGAGAUAAUUGCUUCCAAUAUAUGUUUAUGCCUACAAAAAAAUCUAUUUUCUGUGUAAACUAUUUUUGCCUGCAUUCAAUAAAGCAGCUACAAAGUCCAACAAAAAUGUCUGCCUAUCUUUUUUUCUCUGCCAGGAGAUGGAAAAAAAAUUUUUUUUUGUCAAUUUUGCCUGAUUGUUACUUAUGACAAUAUAUUGCGCGACAUACAUGUAUACUAUUUUGGUUUGAUCUGUUUGCCUGUAUCAUGCAAACAUUAACACUAUUGUAUAUUAUUUUCAUUCCAGACAAAAAUGGUAUUAAUUGUUGUGAAUUGUUGACAUGUAAAUUGUAAAAUAAUGCCCAUUUAUAAUAAUUCACAAGUUAAUACAUCAAAAUGUACAGAAGUGUAAAAAAACAACUGAAUUUUCUUUAUUACAAAUUUAUUUUUACAUUUGGGAGAAAAUCUAAUAGUGCUUACUGCAAUGUAACAUGAUGCAGUUAUGGUCAAUGUUAUUGAAAGUUAAAUGGAAGGUUUGACCAGGAAUCAUAUUUUAGGACUAGAAAUAUAAAACAAAAAAUAACUUUCAAGAAGUUUAGUUUCUCUUUUCCCUUUAUCUUUUUUAUCGGUGGGGUUCAAUUAUCAAUCAACUAAUAUGGUACCUAGCACUAAAGGAGGAUAACUCCUUAAAAUCAGCAGAAUGCUUUAAUGACGUAGUGUUCAUAAGGGAAUAUUAAGCUUCUC